CAACAGUGACGUCAUCGCGCAGCGGCGGUACAAUGACGCUCGGCGAUUGGGUGAGCGAGGAGCUAAAGAGUAUUGUACAUUAAAAAGACAAGACGCCGAUAACAAAAACAACAGCUGCGGCCGCAUGAGGCCAGCUAAGGACACACUCGCACUUUUCGGGCACCCGCUAAAAUGAUUUCGGAUGUGACGAUGGCUGCACACUUUAAUAUUUCUGACAGUGAGUCAGAUUCAUCAGAGGGGGCCGAGGAAGGAGAACAUAUCCAACCGUCCCCUGUGCAGGGGCAGCAGCUUCCUCAACGACACUCCGUCACCCUUCCUGAGCUCAGAUUGACAGGGACCGGGCGAACCAGGCUCAACUCAGAGUCCCACGCCUACACUGUCUCCAGAGACGAGGAGCUCCAGGCUCGGGGGGAAGACGAAGUCGGCACGCCCACGGAGGGUGCUCCAUUCAGGGGACGGUCCAAGUCAGCUCCCCCUGCUCUGUGGGCAGCCAAGAAAUACGGCCGGCAGCUCCGGAGGAUGAGCGACGAGUUCGACAGCAUGCUGGACAAAGGGGAAAUGAAAAAGGUGAGAAGUCCCGGGCCGGCCAAACAGAUGCCACACUCGAAAACCUGGUGGAGCUACCUCUUCAGUCACCAGGAGAUGGAGGGAGAGAACAACCACCAUGAGAGCCACACUCACCGCAACGAAUAAGCACCAGGAGAGAAAAUUAAGAGGGACUUGAGGUUCAAGGAAUGAGAAGAAAGCAAUGGGGAAGCCAGGAGAACAAUCGUGAUGAGAACAAAAAGACCUGCUCUGACCAAGUGUCCCAUCCUAGUCAUGUCAUUUUUAUACGUCAUUGGUAACUACAUUUAGAUAAAUCUUUUUGCAUUUGUGUUGGUUUUGAUGUUAACUAUAUAGCUGGGCAGCGCACUGUGAAAUGGUAAGAGUCAGUCAGGCAUGAUGGACUGGUGGCUAUCUGAACCCCAUAGAAUGGAUAAAAAGACGGGCCAAGGGAGGAGAGAAGAGCUCUUGAAAACAUAAAGAAAGUCCAGCAUUAAGUGGAUUUGAGCGGUGACUACUCAGUUUAAAAGGUGCUAACCACUUCAGUUGUCUCUCCCAUCAACACUAUGCAAUAUACUGUGGAUGGAGAGGUAUAAAUGCACUGGAAACAAAACACCCAAGGCCACCUUGAAUGCUGUUAGAAUUUCCUUCCUCAUCUUCUUGAGGAAAUGUGUUACUUAUGCUUGUUUUGCUUCGAAUGUUAGUUCGUGGAGACCACUGUAAUUGUGUGCCAAAAUAACCUGCAGGUAACAGAGGAUGGAGGAUCAAAUGGGAAGGAUUUUUUAGAGUAUUCAGCUCAGGCCUUUAUCUAACUUCCUUUACUACUACCUGCAAGCUAGUACAAUUUAAACAACUGUACGUACUUGACUAUCAUUAACUGCUUUAUAUCUGAAAUUUAUCAAAAGAAGAACAAUCUUGUACAAGGACAAUCUCUAACAGAAAAUACUAUCUUUUGUAAGACUUCAGGUUUAGAUUAUAUCUGAAGAAAAUGAUAUUACUAUAAAAUAAAAAAAGCACAAACCAAUGUGAAUUUAUCUUUUCAAAGCCUUUGAUGAGCAAACAAAAUAAGACCUUGUAACUUUAAUGUGUAAAUAUUUUGUUAAUAUUUUAUCAAAUUGCAGGGGUGCUGGAGGGGUUGCUUUAGCCAGAUUUGUAUUUAUCGAGUUCCUAUUUUACAAGGUUACCAUGCUAUUUAAUAAGGUUGGCCAACCUAGGAAUAGGCAGUGUACAAUCCAUGGCUGUUGCGAUAAAUGUAAUUGCAUAUUUAAAUAUUUGGGCGGGGAUAUAUUAACUGCUAUACAAGAAGCCUACACACAAGCCUUUGGCCUCGGUUUAAUCAGCAACGAGUGCAUAAAGGAGGUGGAUUUAGAGUAAAAUCACAUUUCAAACACUGGUGGAAGGGAUUUAAACUUGUCUUUAUAAAACUAUCUGUUCAGGAAAAUCAGUUUCCUGUGCUUUUAAGAUUAUAAAACAAUGAGUUACAUGCAGGUUGGUCACUCUUUAUCUGCAUUAGGAUCUGAAUAAAAUGGAUCUUAAUGUA